AUGACCCCUACAACCACUACUGCUGCUGCGGAGCAAAACAGGGCACUGGACUACGCCGACCUGCAGAUAUGCCUGAAGGGUGAAGGAUCCGCUGUGUGGAAUCACCCAAUCGACGUGCACUUCGGGACAGACUCUUUAUCCGGGUGGCCAAGGGUACUCGUGGAGGUUUGGAGCGUCGACGGGUGCGACCGGAGCGAGCUUGCUGGAUACGGCAUGAUCUUUGUGCCUACAUCACCGGGCACCUACGACCUAGACUGCGUCACGUGGAGACCACAGGGCACGCUGGGCGAUCAGCUCUCUGCGGCUUUGCUUGGUGCCCCACCAAACCUCGUGGAGGUGACAACCGCGGCCUCGGGAGCGGAUCGCUUCGAGCUGAGAACGGAGACGGCAGGCACGGUGGUUUUCCACCUGGAGGUUCUGGUGGCGGGAUUCGCCGACAGGAACCAAUCGCCUUUCUUUUAG